GGGCAACACCGAAGCGCAUCUCGGCUCUCCGAAAGCUCCGGAAACCCGGGAAGGACCCCCGAGCGAAGCACGCGCCUCAUCCUGCUGUCCCAUGCCACCAUGCGUGUGCUUUCGCCGCGCGCCGCUCUUCUGUCGGUCUCCUACGCUCAACUCUUCCUCAUCCUCACCAGCGGCAGCUACCUGGCCCUAUCCUCAGUGGUGGCACUGGGUGCCAAUAUUAUCUGCAACAAAAUCCCCGGACUGGCCCCCAGACAGCGCGCCAUCUGUCAAAGCCGCCCGGAUGCCAUCAUUGUUGUCGGUGAAGGUGCUCAGAUGGGCAUCAACGAGUGUCAGUACCAGUUUCGCUAUGGUCGAUGGAACUGCUCUGCCCUCGGUGAGAGGACCAUCUUUGGCCAAGAGCUGCGAGUGGGCAGCAAGGAGGCAGCGUUUACCUCCGCCAUCACUGCAGCUGGAGUGGCCCAUGCAGUCACAGCAGCCUGCAGUCAGGGCAACUUGAGCCACUGUGGCUGUGACAGGGAGAAACAGGGCUACCAGAACCAAGAGGAGGGUUGGAAAUGGGGUGGAUGUUCAGCGGACGUCAAGUAUGGAGUUGAGUUCUCCCGUCGCUUUGUGGAUGCUCGUGAGAUAAAAAAAAACGCCCGCAGCCUCAUGAACCUACACAACAACGAGGCAGGCAGAAAGGUUCUGGAAGAGAGGAUGAAGCUGGAGUGCAAGUGCCAUGGCGUCUCAGGUUCCUGUACCACAAAGACAUGCUGGACGACACUGCCCAAGUUUCGUGAGAUUGGCUAUGUGCUAAAAGAGCGGUAUGGUGCUGCUGUUCAGGUGGAAGUAGUGCGAGCCACACGUCUGCGCCAGCCCUCUUUCCUACACCUAAAACAGUCACAUGACUACAUCAAGCCCACUGAAACGGACCUGGUGUAUCUGGACCGCUCCCCCAAUUACUGUGAGGAGGAUGUGUUGACAGGUAGUACAGGAACCAGGGGCCGUCUCUGCAACCACAACUCACCCCACCCAGAUGGCUGCAACCUUAUGUGUUGCGGCCGUGGUCACGACACACACCAGUAUACGCGAGUGUGGCAAUGUAACUGCAAGUUCCAGUGGUGCUGCUUCGUCAAAUGCAACACCUGUAGUGAAAAAACAGAGGUGUUCACUUGCAAAUGAGAACAAGUACAAGAAGCACGGAGGGGCACAGAAGCAAAGAGGAAGUGAGAAUAAGCUCAAUUUGUCAUAGCUUCGUGUUGCACAUCAGGUACUCGUUUGCAGGGGAAGGAGACAAAAAACAGUGCACUGAUUACAGUCUGACAUAUUGCAUGAGUUCAUGCAAUGGGACGGACCACAGAAUGAAAACAUUUAAUAGCUCAGAGUGAUCUGAUAGUGGCUGCGUUCGCGUGAUUAUGUCAGACAAAUGAAUUGACAAAGGGACAAAAGAAACAAUUAUAAAGACUGGAGCGGUUGGUUAAAACAGUGUCUGUAGAUAGACUGGAGAAAAGACUUGUGUUCCUCAACAAAACAUGCUGGAUUACUUCAAAUGUUCAGUACACACUGUAUCUGUUUGAACACUGAAAAAGACUCAUUUUCUCUUUAUCCACUUUUGGAGAGAGAGAGAGAGGGAGAAAAUUUAACUGCAUAGUUCUUGUCCUAACUUUGUUAAGGCAAAUGUUUAUUUUACA